AUGGUUGGAGAAGGAGCUUUAUACGAGAAACUAACGACGAUGUUUACCUCGGAUCAUGCAUCGGUUGUGUCGCUAAACAUAUUUGUUGCUCUUCUUUGUACUUGCAUCGUCAUUGGUCAUUUGUUGGAGGAGAACCGUUGGAUUAAUGAAUCCAUCACUGCUCUUCUCAUUGGUUUGUGUACUGGGGUGUUAAUAUUGUUUACAACUGGAGGAAGAAGCUCUCAUAUAAUGGUUUUCAGCGAAGAUCUUUUCUUUAUUUACCUUCUCCCACCCAUCAUUUUCAAUGCAGGGUUUCAGGUCAAGAAGAAACAAUUUUUCCGCAAUUUUAUGACUAUAAUGCUUUUUGGUGCAAUUGGUACACUUAUAUCAUUCUGCAUUAUAUCACUCGGUGCCAUACACUUCUUCCAAAAAUUAGAUAUUGGUUCCCUCAAGAUUGGAGAUUAUUUAGCAAUUGGAGCAAUAUUUUCAGCAACAGAUUCUGUUUGCACAUUGCAGGUUCUUAAUCAGGAUGAGACACCUUUACUGUACAGCCUGGUGUUUGGAGAAGGCGUAGUAAAUGAUGCUACUUCUAUAGUACUCUUCAAAGCAAUUCAGAAUUUUGACCUCUCUCACAUUGACUUAACCACUGCUUUACAUUUAUUAGGAAACUUUUUAUAUUUGUUCAUAGCAAGCACUGUCUUGGGAAUCUUUGUUGGAUUGUUUAGCGCAUACAUUAUUAAAAGGCUCUAUUUUGGCAAGUUGAUAAGGCACUCUACAGACCGCGAGGUCGCUCUAAUGAUACUAAUGGCUUAUCUUUCAUAUAUGCUAGCUGAACUAUUUUCUUUUAGUGCCAUUCUGACUGUGUUCUUCUGCGGCAUUCUUAUGUCGCAUUAUACCUGGCAUAAUGUUACAGAAAGUUCAAGAAUAACAACAAAGCAUACUUUUGCUACUAUGUCAUUCAUUGCUGAGAUAUUUAUCUUCCUUUAUGUUGGGAUGGAUGCACUAGAUAUGGAGAAGUGGCGAUUCGUAAGUCAAAGCCAAAAAAAAUCAAUUGGGGUCAGUUCAUUGCUGUUGGCACUUAUCCUAGUGGGAAGAGCUGCAUUUGUUUUCCCUCUUUCCUUCAUAUCCAACUUGUCUAAGAAGUCUCAAUCUGAGAAAAUUGAGUUUAAGCAACAAGUGACAAUUUGGUGGGCUGGUCUCAUGCGUGGAGCUGUUUCUAUUGCACUUGCUUACAAUCAGUUUACAAGACUAGGACAUACUAAAUUGCGUGAGAAUGCCAUCAUGAUCACUAGUACUAUUACAGUUGUACUCUUUAGCACAGUGGUGUUUGGGUUGAUGACAAAGCCACUUGUGAGGUUAUUGCUACCUUCUUCUAAACACAUAAUAAUCAGCAUACCGUCCCCGCCAUCUAGCCCGAAAUCAUUCAGUGUGCCACUUCUUGGCAAUGGAGAAGAUGUAGGGGGCAAUGGUGGUACCCAAAGACCAAGCAGAUUGCGUACGCUCCUUAGGAUUCCUAGUCAUGGGGUACAUCACUACUGGCGCAAAUUUGAUGAUUCUUUCAUGCGACCUGUCUUUGGUGGCCGGGGUUUUGUACCUUAUGUUCCUGGUUCACCCCUUUAACUUAGUGUCAAACACUGGAAUCUAUAUACUAAUUAGUUUGAUAGAUGGUGUGGUGUGUGGUUUGGCUUAAAUUUUGGCUUUGAUUAUGCACUUUUAUCAAUUUUUAGAAGAUUUCAACUUUCUAUACGAUGCCAAUUGCCAAAAGAGGGAAAAAAUGAAGAAGGUACAAGGAAAGAAAAGAUUUAUAGGAGGAAUAUUACAGACAUAGAAAGAGUUGUUUGCUUGGGUAACUUAUUGUAAUUUGAUGCUGAUUAAGUGAUUCAGAUUUUUGGUUUGUACAUGCUGUGGAAGAAAACGUCAUGAGACACUGCAGAUAUAGAUUUUACAAUUGCUUGGUUGUGUAAUGAGAGUGUCUAAAUUACUUAGAUCAUGUAUCAGUGUAAUAUUUUGUGUAGAGAAUAAUAUUUAUUUAUUAAUCAUCCGACUCAACAAUAGUUGAAUCGAUUGAACUAA